GCGAGAAAGGAGAAAUAUUUAGACAGAAACAUCGGCAAAAAAUUAUUGGUAGAAUUACUUUAUUGAAUGCACUGAGCACUGCUUAUCAAGUGGAAGAUCGAGCUAAAGCCGGGGUAAUAAUAUUUGCUCUUUGUUUCCUCCGGCAAAAAGGGGCUACGUAAAUCCAGCUAUCUUUAUCAUCAUCGUCGUCAUCAUCGUCAUCAUCAUCAUCAUCAUCAUCAUCAUAAUCAUCAUCAACAUCAUCAUCAUCAUCACCACCACCACCACCACCACCAUCACCAUCACCAUCAUCAUAAUCUCAUCAUCAUCAUCAAUCUUGAAACUUGUUUUAACAGGCUAAUGUAAAUGUGGAACUUUGAAUGUCGAACUAAAAAUCGCUUCACUCGCAGCGAAAUCAGAAAAGAGAAACAUAGUAGGAACUCUUGCUUCACUGUAGAUGAAUAUAUCUGAUGAAUUUGAAUUUUCCGUCAACGCAAUGAAGCAGAUGAUAUUAUCGGCCUUACUUUCUUCAAGACCUUCUGUAUUUAAUCUGAAAUCGCAUUGUUUUUGAAAAACCGCGAAUAAUCGAUAAUUUACUAGUUUAGUCAUUUACACACAUAAAAAUGGAAAUUCACGAAUCUGCACGCAGCGUACUUCUAUUGGCGUGCGUCAUGGUAUCUCUAUCCCUGACAGCUGGGAUGUCGGAUUCCGAAGUCAAGACCAGACCAAGGAGGGAUUUAUCGUCAUCACCAUCGAACUCAUCGACGGAGAUGACCCUCCCACAGUAUAUAUCAUGCCAAUCUAUAACUGGUCCAGGGGGAACAACGAUAAGACUCCAACCCAAACUCAGCCCCACACCGCCUGGUAACAUGCCUGCUAUGUAUAACGUUGAUCGUCAUAUCAUAUGCCGUCUACCAGACUGCUACGAGGAUCCAUGUUGGAACCUGGUAAAUGGAGCAUGUGAAGAAACAAUAGACGGGCAAAGAUGUGUAUGUUUACCAGGCUACAUUGGAAUUAACUGCGAAACUGAUAUCAACGAGUGUGAAAGCAACCCUUGUCAAAAUGGAGGCACUUGUAUGGACCUUGUUAAUGAAUACAGAUGUCAGUGUCCCACAGGCUACAUAGGAUCCCGGUGCGAACUUGAGUCAUCCAUUUGCUUUCUUCUCAAGUGGAAUAGUAUUUUCGCGGGUAGUUUGGAACCGAGCAAAUCUCUUCUAGAUACCACUUUCACUGAACUCCCUAUAAAUGGUAUGGGGAAUCCUCAUUCCAUAGCUUACGACCAUGAGGACAGAAUGGUGUACUGGACGGAUAGAGACAAUGAGACAAUUUCUAGGGCCACAAUUAACGGAACUAUUAGUCAGGAAAUCCUUGUAAAUUUGACAGGCCUCGGGGACGGUGAGCUUACGCUGGAGUUUCAGGACAGGAAAAUUUACUGGGUUAGGAAUAUGAGGAAUCAGCGCAUUGAACGAGCAAACUUUGACGGAAGCGAUCACGAACUAUUGACCACUGAUGUGAAUCAGCCCCGUGGGAUAGCUGUAGAUGGAGUGAACAGGAAAUUAUUUUGGAUGGAACAGUGGGGUGUGAGAUCAUCUGAUCUCAACGGAAAGAAUCGAGUCAAUAUAGCGAUGUCAGAAACUUCGUCAGCAAGCUGUGUCUUCUACUAUCAGGGAGAAUUCGGAGACUCUCAGGUAAUUUUCACUGACUUAAAAAAGGUUAAGUCUGUUAAACCCGAUGGAACCAACCAGACGGUAUUGUUCAACUAUGCUGCUUCUACUGCCGUAAGGCACGUCACCGUUUACAACGCGACCGUCUAUUUCAUUACUAAUUAUUAUUUUCAUGAUCCCCUUGGCCUCGGGGAGGUCCCCCUGUCGAACUUGUCAGCAGUUAGGGUCAUAGAAACAUUCAAAGAAAGUCCUAAAGACAGUAGUGGUUCCAUCUUGAACGAGCCUACAAAGAAUAUAAGGGACAUAUACGUCUAUAACAUCACUUAAACAUUAUCAUCGCAACGACCACAUGUGUUUACAAUAGGUUUGCCCCAAAAAUGAGGGCGUCAACAGGGGGGGGGGGCACUGAUCUGAAUACUACAGUGUAGUAGUGUACAGAUCUGGGGACACUUUUAUUGACAAGUGGAUACCAGGCGCAACCAAAGGAAACGCGUAAAAAAGAUAUAUUUUUCAAAAUUGGGUACGUAUAUAAGUACACAACGUAAUAAGGGUGUCAAAACUAAAGCCGACGUCAGUAAUCGCGUCCGUAACAUUACAAUUAGAAUAUCGCUGUAAUUGUUUCGGGGUCAAUCAGGGAAUAAUUGUCAAGGGAACAGUAUUUUUUUUCUCCAAAUCUUGUUAAGGAUUGGGUUUCACACGCCAAUACUUGUUAAGGGGUGCAUUUUCAGAAUAUUGAAAAUACGUGUUUACGUUGAGGGUGCUUUUCGAGACCCCAUGGUCGCGCAUGGUAUUCACUCGUCAAUGGAAGUGCCCCGCGGGAUUUACGGUUAAAUUUGCGUGGGUAUAAAUAAGACUAAAAUGCUUUAUAAAGGAUGUACUCUUUGCCCCGACACUACGCGUUAAGGGGCCUACUUGAGCGAGGUGUGGGAGGUGGGGCGGUUAUAAACCCAAUAUAAGUAAAGGUAAAAAUGACGUUCGUGAUCACGUCUGUGACAUACAUCAGUUAGAAUAUCGCUGUACUUGUUUAGGGGGUCAAUCAGGGAAUACUUGUCAAGGGAACAGUAUCUUUUUCCAAAUCUUUUUAAGGAUAGGGUUUCACACGCCAAUACUUGUUAAGGGGUGCAUUUUCAGAAUAUGGAAAAUACUUGUUUAGGGUGCUUUCCGAAAUCACAUGGACGCGCCUGGUAUCCAUCCGUCAAUGGAAGUGCCCCCCAAGCGUCAACACUUAGCAGUACCCAGUUAGUGGCCCUGGGGCCCUUUGCAGAAAGAGUUGCGAUCAAACACUCAAAAAAAUCUUGCGCAACUUGAUUUUCAGCCAAAGAGGAACCCGUAUUCGGGACUUGCGCUUGAUAUUUUGACUUGGGUUUAAACGUAACUCUUUCUGCAACAGGCCCCAGAACCAUUAAUAAAGAUUGCAUAUUUUUCAUGUAUUUUGAAAUUAUGUCUACCUCAUGUAAUUACGUUGUGUGUUUAUUUCAAAUGCAAGGAAAGCUUUAUAUUCUAUAAGUAGGUUCAUGAUGUUCGUUCGACACAAAUCAACUGGGGUUAUUAAUUCUAACGCUCCUUUUUAUUGUGUUUAUGUUGAAACGAUGCAUUUUUAGCACCUGGUGUGUGAUUAUCUCAGAUAGUGUUGAAUAAUACACUUUCCCCGAGUCACUGGUGUUAUCCAAACAUACCCUAUAUGGGUACUCUUCGUCAUGUUCAUCUGACGUCUGAAAGUGUACUAUGUUAAUUACUGUAUAUUUUGUAGGCCUCUAAUUCUCAAGUGUAAUCGUUUUGUUGCCCUCCUUUCUUGUAAUGAUAUGUCUAUAUGUAAUGUACAAUUAGUAAUGUUUUAAUGAUUUGUGUGAAUAAACUGAAUUCGAACUUG